AUGUCUCCUCUCAAUUUGGUUCUCAGAACCGCUUUCAUUCUUUCUUGUAUAUCGACUUCUUUUGCUGCAGUCUGCAAUGACCAAACUCGAGCUUCUGGGGAUCCCUCUGGAGAGGAAUUAGCUGCAUUCCUCAAUUCUGAAGAUCAGAUCUCCCAGUUUUGUUCGGUGAAUGUAUCAGGGAAGACUUCAGGGAGUGUUAACUUCUCAGACUUCCAGAUCUCUUUUGAGCGCAGUGAUACCUCCAGUUCAACCUUGGAGCAUUGCACGGAAGCACUCCAGGAUAUCGUAUCCCAGUGCAUUGAACCUUCCGAUCCAGGAACUUAUGGAGGAAGCUCAACAUUUGAAAAUGGAGAAACAUACACCAUCAGCAACGACUUGUAUCCUCAAGCACCCAUUGUCUCUGUGAGUCUAGAGAACCGAGCAGUGGAGGAUGCGGCCAAACCGAAGCCUCCUAAAGUUACAACGAAAACAACUCCCAAAACAACUCGAACCAAAACAUCUGUAGCAAAAGCAACCACUAGUCCAAAAACCACAGCAACUACUCCAAAGCCAACUCCGACUUCUGUGACUACGAGUCCGAAGACCACACAAACUACCCCUACUACAUCUAAAUCAUCGACUACCAAGACAAGUUUAUCUUUAGAAACUCCGAAAACGACAGCAACUUCCACUAGUUCCAAAACUACACAGACAAUUCCCACUUCUUCAAAAUCCUCCACAUCCACAUCUACCAUCAAGACAAGUGUAGCUUCUGAGACUCCCAAAGCAACACCUUCAGCCACUACUUCAAAAUCUGCCACUUCCAGCAGCCUUUCAACAAAAAGCUCUUCCAUGACCAGCCUAACCAGUCUAUCUUCCCAAACCCCCAAGACAACUUCCAUAACCACGACUUCAAAAUCUCAAGUAACCACCUCAAUAACAUCCCAAUCAUCGACUUUGAACACGAGUCCAUCCUCCGCAACUCCCAAAACAACUUCGGUAGCCACCAUUUCGCAAUCCACAGAACUCCUACCUCCAACUUCAAAGUCCACAACUUCUAGUAUCAUCUCGAAGAUUUCUUCCCCCAGCAGUCUCUCCUCAAGUCAAACUUCAACAAAGAAAAGUGGUACUAGCACUAGCACUACUUCCAUCCCCUCCAUUUCCUCCAUUUCCUCAACCAAAAGCUCUUCCACCCACACUCCCACCAUCACACCCGACGCUUCCACCUCAACCAAACCAUCUUCAAGUACCAUCCCAUCUUCCCUCUCAACCACUCAACUCUCCACUUCAAGCCUGGAGGUAUCUUCCCACACCCCCGAGCUAACUAGCACGCCUUCACAAUCCACCCCCACAAAAUCCGUUUCACUGGAACCUUCCUCGCAGAAAAGUACAUCACAAACCGAUCAUUCAUCUAGCAGCAGUAUCCAUACUUCUAGUCUCUCAUCCACCAGUUCCCCCUCAAGCAGAACAAAAAUCCUCACUUCCACAUCCCUUCCUUCAACAUCCCAUACCCUCCAACCGACUCCCUCCUCACCUCCAGAAUCCCUCCCCGCAACCAAAUCAAGCAUAUCCCCCGAGUCCAGCGAAACAACUCCCGCAACGAUCUCAGAACUCCCAAGCAGUGCAGAUAUCCAUUCCUCCUCCUCCUCCUCCUCCUCAACAAAAACAUCUUCCAUUUCUUCCCUCUCUUCCAAUUCAAUCCCCGAAAUCACACCCGGAACCACAAUUUCCAGUUCUUCAGUGAUUACCUCUUCAGUUUUUGGCGAAUCAACUAAUUCCGCUGGACAUUCUAGUAGUACUAUCGAGAGUAAUACAAUUCCCUCACCAAUAACCACCUCCAGGAUUUCAAUUCAAUCGUUAGCGUCUUCUUCAAUCCCCGAAAUCACACAUUCUUCAUCUACUUCAUCGAGUGUUGCUUCUGGAUUCGUCCCAUCUACCUCGGUCCCCGAAUCAACUUCGCAAGCAACCUCUCCCAAAACUCAUAUAUCUUCCGGACAAUCAGAAAUUGUUCCUUCGCCUUCUCCCUCCACCCCCACAUCCCAAGUAAUCUCUACCGGAUCCCUCACAUCUUCCAUCCAGCCCGAAAUCACACCGCCUUCCUCGGAAUCUUCGGUUUCCAGAUCCAUCUCUUCAAGUAUUAUCUCCGAGGCCAUCCCUAAAAGUACUUCCACCGGAUCCCUCACAUCUUCCACCAAACCUGAAAUCACACCUUCCCCCUCCAACCCAUCAUCUUCCGAAGCUACUCCUUCAUCUCCCAUCUCCGAAGCAAUCCCUCAAACCCUUUCAACCAGCUCCCUUAUAUCUUCCACCCAACCCGAAAUUACACCUGCUCCUUCCAGCCUCUCCACCCCCGAACUUAAUCCAUCAACUCCAGAAACCGAAUUCACUUCGCAGGCCAUUUCCACAGGAUCUCUUCCCUCUUCCGUAGAGCCUGAAAUUACUCCAUCCCCAUCUCCAUCUCCAUCUCCAUCUGAGCCAUCCGAACCAGUGGAAACCUCCGAACCAACCGAAUCACCCAAUCCCAUCGAAACAUCCCAGCCAGAAACUCCAGAAAGUAAUCCAACCGAAACUGCCAUUCCCUCCUCAACCUCAUCUCCCUCAUCCACAUCAAUCAUUUCAUCUGCCGCUUGUACAGCCACCACAGGAGGGAAUUGCUCUACAUGUUAUCAAUACUCUGGUUCUGGCGAUAUCUCGCCUUCUCUCUCCAACGAAACUACUUUGCAAACUCGCAAACUGCCACCAUCGAUUGCUGGUCGCAUAUCUACUACCAAUCUACACUCAAAGAUAUCCAAACGAGUCACCGGAUCAUUUACUUCGUUUGACGCUGCCACUUCGUGUGUUUUUGGCUCGGUGGAUGUUCCUUCUAUUCCUGAUGCAUCUACUCUAGUCAGCAAAGCAGGUACUCAAACAGAAUACUGGUAUAUUUUGCAAGAUACUCCCGUGAACGCAACGACCUGUCCCGCACUUGGCUUUAAAAAAGUUACCGAUGAAGCGCUUGUUUCUCAAUUGAUAAAUUCAAAUGCGGUUGGGUAUACAAAGGCUGGAUCAGGAAUUGAUUGGAAAGCGAAUGCUCCUACCGUUGGCGUAGAUAGUGUUUAUGAAUCAACAAUUCUACAAGGCUUCUUCGCAAGUAGAGUUAACAACAGCAACUGUGCAGCUUUCAAGACUAUUUUUGAUCAGCCAGAUACUGUCAAUGCAGGAAAAUCUAGGCUACAGACGAUUUGGAAUGCACUUCCUAGUGAUAUCAAUCCCGACUAUGCUGGAAUAGAUCAAAAGAUAAGCACCGUCAAAGCACAAGCCCUCACCGGUGAAUUGCAACAAAGUUAUACCAGCAACGAUGAGAAGUUAGCGUAUAUUUCCGAAUUAGCCGUGGCAAUGGCCAUAACCAACGAUGAUGCCAUUGCGAAUCUUUUUCAAAGCACCAAUCUCCGUAUUUACAAGGCACUACUUGCUAUCGAUGCGGUUAUUGGUGCUGAUGCGGGUAUUGGAGCUACCAAUGGUACCACCACGACUGGUAUUAAAGCAGACUGGGCAUCAACCUACCGCGUCUACCUUACUACCCUCCUAACCACCCGCUCCUCGACCAUCCUCUCCCAAGUCUCUAGCUACCUUGAUAAUGAUCUUGGACCUGCCGCCAGAAAUGAUAACGUUACACUUUCAGAUGGAACGGUAUCGGCAACUGAAAAUUCCAUUGGAAAGCGUGUUGACGCUUUACUAAAUGCGUAUCCUCUGGCUAAUGCUUUUACAUUUAACCAGGCCAAAUUAUUAGGAUUUCCUAGUGUGUAGGUAAAGUUUGCAGGAUGAAUUUGCAAGGAAAGACUGAAAGAGGAUAGAGGAGGUUUGUUAAGAAUGGUAGCUUGAUGAUG